GUUCAAUGGAUUCACAACGUGGCUUUUUACCGGUACUAGAUAUAUACAGCAAAGUAGACUAACAGGACUCAGUUUUGUCGUGGGACCUGCACGGGUAACACAUUAUUCUGCUAAAAAAUGGCAAAAUUAAUUAUACUGAUGGCGCUGGCGUAUUUCGGGAUUUCGGAAGCAUCACCGAACUUUGGCUUAUCGGUAUCUUUUGCACCAACGUCUGCCAUUACCACUGGUCUCAGCACAUUCACUAGCGCCUUGACUACUUUGAGUGGAGCCAUCAGUAGUCUACCGUCGAGUAGUACCAAUGCAAACGUCACUAUAAUUUCUACGAAUCUCUCACAAUUCGUGAAAAAUUUGAUCGUUGUUGCAAACUACGUCAAGGGCAAUGUUACGGUGGCACUCUCCGAUACCAAAACUGAUACCUCCACCUUGUUUUCAAAUAUAUUCUCUGGAAUCGAUGCCCUUAAUACCUAUUUGAUGGUCGAUGGUAAUAACUAUAUCACGUUGAUAUCGGGUGUCCUCACUUCCAGUCCUGCCUUGAAUCAAGUGAUCGAUCAAGUUAUACAGUUUCAGAAUAGUCUGACUAGUAUAAUCACAACGUUUUCGAACAUGGAAAUUGCAAUAUUCAAUGCCAUUGCCGCCGCUGGAACUGGAUCCGUGACAACGACCAUUGCGAACGCUCAAGUUCCCGCUACCUUUGGCACGUCGAUUAGUGCAGAUUUUACUUCCAUCAAAGGCCAGCUGGCCAACAUGACCACUAACAUAAAGGGUAUCUCUACCGCUGUUGUUGCAUCCAAUACCUACAUAACUUCGAUCACCUCUACCAUCGCUUCUGCCACGAAGUCAAUCAACAGCACCGAGCUGACAUUCCAAAAGUCCCUGACUAGUCUGAAUACUACUGCUGUCACUUACUAUACCAAAAUUAUGACAACUGUCAUCAGUGAUUUAAAGACGGUAAGCAGCAAACUUUCCAUCUAUGCGAAGGAUACCACAUUGGGCGCGAUGGUCACUUCUUGGUCCUCAGCUGUUGGUGCAGCAAUUAAUUCCAGCAUGGCCCAGAUGAUCGCCAGUGGAACCGAUACAAUCAACUAUGGCUUGUCUACCCUGUACACACAGACAGACACUAUGGUUCAAAAUGCAUCCGCUUUCUACGCUAGCACGGUUUUGUCCGUCGCGACCAGCUUGGCGUCGCAAGUCAUGUCACUGGGAACAACAGGACCGGCAUGCAGUUCUAAGUAUUCCAGUGCGAUCAGUUCAGCGUUAUCUACGGCCCAGUCCGGUCUGAGUGCCUGUGUCAGCGCAGAACAAACCAAAGCUGCAGCUGUUAUGGAUAUUAUCGUUCGCAUGGGACAAUUGGCGCUGGCCAGUGAUCAGUACAUCACCAAUAUGAUCAUAUCCUGUGGAUCGUACUCCAACUUCGCCAAGGAUCCCAAUGUGUACAACCAAGCCCUCGCCUGUAUGGAAACGUUGAUCGCCAGUGCCGAUUCCAUCAAUGCUCUGUAUUCAACGAUCGUCCAGCCAGAGCUCGAUAUGGCAGCUUCGCUUAUGGCCCUCGAAGUCGACAUGGCCAAUACUCGGCUCAGAACCUGUUUGACCCUGCAGAAUAAUAUUUUCAUGGCGCAGAUCAACACGGUUGCGGCCUUGAUUGCUGCCUGUACUUAAGGGGUAUGGAAGUAGUUCAAUCCAACCAAUCAUUGAGCCCUGCGUGUAUAUUGUGUACUUAAUAAAACCCACUCAUCGGAAAUAGUGAA